AUGGCGCCGCGCCUCAGCUCCGCGCAGGCGCGAGCCCCGCCCCCCGGCCCAGGGUGGGCGUAUGAGAAGCGCGCCGCCCUCGGCCCCUCCUUCCGCCUGCGCCUGCGCCGUGCGGGCCGAGGCUGGGCAGCGGGCAGUGCUCUGGGGCCGUGCCUGAGCUCGGGUGCGCUGGGGCUGCUGCUGGCACCGACCACCGGUACGAGACCGACCCGCGGCGGCACCGGCAGCGCUUGCAUCACUCAGAGAUGCACUGCUAUCAAGUACCACUUUUCCUAGCUGGUAUGUUUGCACAACGUCCGCUUCAACCUGAUGAAGAUGAUCCACCAAGACGAAUGGCAUUUGCGCCAUAAAUCACGGCGCAUGGCUGCAGAUGUUCUUCUCUGCGAGUGCAUCAUGGCAGCAGUCAGCUUCUUCUGGGAGGAAAGCCUCACCCAGCGCAUUGCAGGUCUGCUGUUCCUGGGGACAGGAACAUUUUCCAUUGUAUCUCUGUGCACUUAUGCAGCCAGCAUAUCAUAUGACCUAAACCACCUCCCCACAUUCAUCUCUAAUCUUCCCAAUGAUGCAGAACAUGGAUACAGCUGGUCUGUGUUUUGUGCUUGGUGAAGUCUGGGAUUUACAGUAGCAGCUGCGUGUCUUUGCACAGCUUACCCGUUUGUUAGCAGGGGCAACAUUAUGCAGCCUCCGUAUGACUGCCCACCUGCCACUAGCACCCUUCAGUGA